UGCUGAUUUGCUGUCCGUAGCGAAGGGUGGUGCCCUGUGACAUGCUGGGGCUUCGGCUGACAGUUUUCUGAGAGUAGGUGGUGCUACUGAAAGCCCCGAGGGAAAGGGCUCUUUCUCGCUCCCUUUCCACAGAGAGAGCCCAUUCGCGUCUCAACAUGGCGAAACAUGGAGUAGCCCCCCACAAGAGACUUAAAACACUUCGGUUGAUGCUGCUGGCCGCCUUUCUCUCCUUCCCUGCCCUUAGAACUCCGAGGCGUCUAUGAUGUUGGAAAAAUGGACAAGUUUUCUGCAAGCAUUUCCGAGAUCACAUGGAGCUCGGUGUCCUUGCCUUUGGAUUUAGUCGUCAGCAAAUUUAGAUUGCCUACACUGGUACGGUUAAGCCAAGGUAAGGAAAUAACACGGGACCACGUAGAAGGGCUGACGGAGCAGGAUGUCAUUCUCCUCCACUCCUGCAGGCAAUGGACCACCGUCACGGCGCACAGCCUGGAGGAGGGCCACUACGUCAUCGGGCCCAAGAUCGACAUCCCCCUGCAGUACCCAGGGAAGUUUAAGCUGCUGGAUCAGGACCGCGACGUGAGGGAGCCGGUGCAGUACUUCGCCAGCGUGGAGGAGAUCGCCGGAAUCUUCCCCGACCGGGUGUUUGUGAUGGAGGCCAUCUCGUUCAGCGUGAAGGUGGUGUCGGGGGAGUUCAGCGAGGACAGCGAGGCCUACAACUUCACCCUGCAGGCGGGCGACGAGCUGACGCUCAUGGGCCAGGCGGAGAUCCUGUGCGCCAAGACGGUGCGUGAGAAGUCGCGCUUCAACACCAUCCUGCGCAAGCUGGGCAAGGGCAGCACCUUCAGCCGGCAGGUGAAGGGCAAGAUGCCCUGCCUGAUCUGCAUGAACCACCGCACCAACGAGAGCAUCAGUCUGCCCUUCCAGUGCAAGGGCAAGUUCAGCACGCGCAGCCCGCUGGAGCUGCAGAUGCAGGAGGGCGAGCACACCAUCCGCAGCAUCAUCGAGAAGGUCCGCCUGCCCGUCAACGUCACCGUGCCCAGCCGGCCGCCCCGCAACCCCUAUGACCUGCACGUCAUCCGUGAGGGCCACCGCUACAAGCUGGUGAGCAUCAUCUCCAAGACGGUGGUGCUCUGCUGCAUCCUGCGGAAGGAGGAGGUGACGCCCUUCCACUUCCUGCUGCUGACGGACAUGCCCCGCUUCGUCCUGCCCGAGGGCCUGCUCCGGGGCGACCCCGGGUUCGAGAAGGUGGCGCUGGAGUGCGCCCUGCUGUGCCAGGAGCACUUCAACGCCGACGACUACUCGCGGGCGGUGCGCGAGGUGAAGACUGACCUGGCGGAGGAGUGCGCCAGCCCCCGGCGGAUCCGCCUCUGCCUGCAGGGCUUCACCUCCAACUCGCUGGGCUACGCCCGCGACGAGGUGGCGCAGUCCUUCCAGCGGCUGUCGUUGUGCGUGUACAGCGGCGCCCUGCUGCACGCCAACGGCGACGUGCCCGUGUCACAGGGCUGCCGGGACUCCCUGGGCGAGCAGCAGAUCCUGCCGCACGAGCUGCUCACGCCCAGCGAGGGCGGCGACCCGGAGCGUGAGUACAUGACGCCCGACUGGGUGGAGAACGAGUUCCGCAGCGGCGAGCAGCCCGAGAUCCCCUACGAGGAGCUGUGGGCCAAUCAGACGCCAGGGAGUUACGGCGAGGCUGGCGGGACCCCCGCCCCACCCGAGGCCGGCGGGAAAGGCGAGCAAAACCUCAUCUCCUUCCACUCCUCCACUUCCUCGUUGGAGGGAUCCAUGGGCCCCACCCACAUCUCCGUGGUGCAGCUGGACGCGGGCAGAGUGCCGACCCCGCCCCCUGUACCGCCCAAAUCAGAAGCUGUGAAGGAGGAGUGCCGCUUCCUCAACGCUCCCCCUGUGCCCCCGAGAGGAACGAAAGGAGGCCCCGCCCCCAGUCCCCCGGUCCCGCCCCGUUUCCCCAAGGCCCCGCCCCAGCAGCAGACCCAAGGCCAGGCCUCCCACUGUCCCAGUCCCAGCCUCUCGUACUACUCCUCCGGACUGCAGGACGUCUCUGGGACUCGCAGCGGUAGCUGUUCUCCCUCUCCGGACUCCUAUUCCCUGUACUGCUACCCCUGCACUUGGGGAGACUGCAAGGCAGCGGACUCCUCCACCCGCACGCUCACUGGCAGCAACGGGACCCCUGGAGUACAGCCGGCGCAGGCCUCCUGGUCCGACCCGUGGGCCUACGCAGAGAGCAUGCCCAGCGUGGCCAGCGGGCGGUCCACGCCCCUUCUCAGCACUGACUCCGCUCACAAGAGCUAUUACAGCUGUCCCAGACUGAAGCCCCCGCCCUCCCAGAAGCGCUUUGCUCCCUUCGGGGCCCUGAAUCCUUUCGCCAACCCGGGAUACUCACGAAGCCCGUCCUCGUCACCUGCCGAGUGGCUGGAGACAGGGGAGCGGCAGCGGUCGCCCUCUCUGGUGUCGGAUGCUUUCGAGCCCUUUGACCCCGGCAGCGGCCGCAGCCUCUCCCCCGACACCUCCGCCCUCAGCGCGGGGGAGGGCAGGUUCGGACAGGACCCGGCCGGCUGCCAGCACGAACAGGCACUCAAAAGCGGGGAAGGGAGUUUGGGUCCCACGCCCGUGCCCCCGCCCCCUCCCCGGCCAGCCAAGGGCUUUGAGGCGGACAACAUCAUCAUCAGGAGCACGGCGCCGCUCUCCCCCGCCAUCGUCCGGGGGGCCGAGGGGGGCGUCACCCGGGUUUACCUCACGCAGGGGGUCAUCGAGGUCCCCCCCGUGUCCACCAGGAGCAGCUCGGAGAGCUCGUCGUCUGCUUCCUCCUCCGCCGACGGGCCCGGCGCGGCCCAGCGGGCCAACGGGGACGGCUCGGCGUGGCACCCGCCCUCAGACCUGUCCACGCUGUCGGUGGAGGAGGUGUCCCGGUGCCUGCGCUUCAUCGGCUUGUCCGAGGACGUGGUGGCCUUCUUUGUGCGCGAGCGCAUCGACGGCAGCAUCUUUGUGCAGCUGACCGAGGAGAUCCUCUCCGACGACUUCAAGCUGACCAAGCUGCAGGUCAAGAAAAUCAUGCAGUUCAUCAAGGGCUGGAGGCCCAAAAUCUGAUUCUGCAUCGGGCUUCGGCUCUGGGCUUUCCUGAAGGCUAAGGAGGGUGGAGGGUGGAGAACCAUGGUGGCACGGGACCGGCUGGCAUAGUUCCACAGGGAAGGGGCUACAGUUCUACUCCAGCGCGACUGUGGUCAGAUCUGGACGACACACGUUUCUGGGGUUUGGAUAUUUGCACUGAUGAGUCGCAGAGAUGUCACUGUACUGCUGUUUUCUGUUGAUGUCAUGCACAGUUUUGGAAAGGUGCCACAUCGUGGGCCCUGUGGAGUCUUUUCUCAUCUCGCUCUGUUGGUUCUUGCUUAGGCUACGUGCAUCAUGGAGAAUUCGACACAAUGUGAGUUAAGUCAAUAAAAUAUCACUGGUCCAGCUCUAUUCAGGCAGUCAGAACUUUUAUAUAGGGACCAUAACCUACAUCUCAAAUGCACAUUAAAAAAAGAGGAAAAAAAGGUUUAAUACAUUGAAAAGUAUGGUACUGUAUGUUUUAGACCAGGCCUCUGAUGUCAUAACUAUGUGCCUGAACUCUGUGAAUCAUUCUAAAUGUGCCUUGUGGUAAUUCAUUACUUGUGGAAAAUGCACAUGCUGAAGAAACGGUUCCCAAGAUAAAACAAAUAUAACUGACACACAUCCUCUUGCAUCAGCAGUGGGUUACGUCAAAACACACUUCCAUUGAUUUCACCGGGUGUCUAAAAAAAAAAAAAAAAGCACAACGCUCAUUUGCGUCAUUUCUGUAUCAAAGCUGUGUGUCCGGUCUAAACGCAACAUUGGCAGGACCGUGGGUUAGAGUUCUGAUUCACGUCUCGGUGAAGGCCGCAGGGAGAGCUGGCCGCCGAGGGUCACGGGAGUGAAAUGAAUGACCCCGCUGUUCCUGCCGGCAUCUCCUGAGCCUACGUGACCAACAUGUCACAGCUGUAGCUCAGACAAAUGCAAAUCAAAGCCGCACGUAACGGGACCUCAAAAGAAGUCCGCUUUGAACAAGGACUAGAUUCACUGUUCCUCAUUUUCCUGACUUCUAUAAAUGCUCAGACACAAACACACAGGGGUUUGACAAGGUGCAGUGAUUCAGGACUUUCCUACAGGAUUUUGUUGUGACGCAAUGUUUUUUUUUGUGUGCUGUUUUUGAGAUGUUCAUGUCAUUUUCUUAUAUGUUCCAUACCUGCAGUAUUCUGGAAGGCCUUGAUCACGCGGUACAUUUUUUUUUUUUAUUAUUAUUGCUUGUGUUCCAAGCUGGAAGGAAUUGUUUGAGAUCUGGGGCGAUCACAAGAUCAUAAAAUUUACAUUGUGGGUAUCCUUGAGCUCAUUGUGCGGUUGGAAAGCUUUGCGUUGUGCUUCAACCCACCCCCUCACACACGCUCUUAUCACACUUCCUGAAAAACAACAGAUUGUUUUGUCUGCGUUCACACAGCCCCUCCAAAACAAUUACAGCUGAAACGAACACUUGUGUUACUGCGUAAAAUAGCUUCAGGUACAGAUGCUAGAAUCACUGCAUCACCGAAUUUGGUGUUAAUCGUGUGCGUACCCAGUUUUGUUUAUAAAUCGGAGGAAAUUUAACUUGUUAGAGUAGAACUUUUAAAGGGAAGCAAGUUGUCUUUUCUACAUCGUUCAGAACAUGCCUGUAAUUAAGUACAUUGUAUUAAAAGACUGUAAUUUGAGUUUACUAAUCACUGCUGUCUGAACAUGUAUAGUGUGCUAUUUGUCAGAUGGCGGUAAAUUACAGUUUAAUGGCUGGGUUUAACAUCUUUGUGUGCCCAAAAGUUUGUAUGUAUAUUUAUGGAUCAACCCCCC